AUGCCGCUAAUUUUCAACCAGGAAGCUAUCGGUGGGAUCCUCUUCACUCUUCAUUUCCAAAAUAACUCCCCGAUUGUUGCUCAUCAAAAACUAAUGGAAAUGACCGGAGAUGAAGUGAUGGAUCUGGAUCAAGUCACUGAAUUCUUUAAGAACAUCGAUAACGGAGAUUUCUGUUUGAAGGAGGAAGUCGAGGAAGUGGUUGUCGAGGAGCAGAAGCCAACAGUGACGCUGGCACAGGUUCUUAAUGUUCCGAACUUUGUGGAGAAAUACUUGGAUAUUGAUUCGAGACUCCGCCUCCGUAAGACCUGCAAAACUAUCCGUGAAAUCCUCGAUGAAAAGCUACUAAACAUAAAUUACUUCCACUACAAAUGCAAUGAAGAAUGUAUCGAGAUUUCAAUAAAUGAAGGUUUCAAGGUCUCUUACGAAAUCCCUCAAGGAGGAUUGAUAGUGACGAAUGGGGAUAGAGAGAAAUCGAUCAAUACGAAAAACGAAGAAGCGCAGAUUGAGAUGAUUCAAAGGGAUUUGAGGUCGAUUCUUAGUAGUGAGAAGGUAAGGUUUGAUUCUUUUGGAGUCGAAACCACGAUUGUUUCCAAAUCUUGGAUUGGAAUGAUAGCACUACGAAACGCUUUCAACCAAGUAGUGCCCAACAAACUAAAGAUCAGCAAGUUCGAGUACUGUAUUCAAGAAGUGGAUAAAGAUUUCAUAACACAAUUUAUAAGAAAGAUGGACCCGGAAUAUCUCAAAUUCGUUAAAUACAGAGCCAAUUAUAUUGGUUUCAAUUGGGAGCCCAAUUGGGCAGACUUCUUUGAUUUGGAACAGUGCAAACGUUUGAAAAUGUUAGAUGUUCGAUUUGCUUGGAUGUUUACGAAUGAAAUUGUCAGCUUCUUCACUCAGGUAGAGAAUGUUCAUUUGGAGGUUAUUCACAAAUUCUCGUACAAACCGCCUUUACAAAAUUUUGUAAUGGAGCUUAAAGAUAAACUCCUUCAAAAUCCCAAUCUGAAACAAUUCAAAAUUCGUGUGCACGAAAAGGGAUGGAGUUCUGAAUUUGAAGAAGUUAAUGCAAGUAUCCAACAAUACAACACUAACAAUGCUCCGUGGGUUAGCUUCCCAUACCCGAACUCUGAUAAGAAAUUGGAAUUGUUGGUAGAAAAGAAUAUGAUAUGGUUCAAGGGACCGUGUUACGUGGAGGGUGAGUGGGAAGAUGAAAUCAACGAUUUGGAGGAGGAAGAGGAAGAUGAAGAAGAAGCACGUAAUGGGAUUCAAGAAGAAGAAGCACGUAAUGGGGUUGAAGAAGAGCUUGAUCAUGUUGAAGAGGAUGAAGACGAAAAUGAAACAGAAAAAGAAAAAUUCAAGAAAAGACUAAUCAUUAUUUAUGGAAUCCUCAACACUCUUCAUUUCCAAAAAGACACCCCAAUCGUUGCUCAUCAAAAACUUUUGGAAAUGACAGGAGAAGAAGUGAUGGAUCUGGAUCAAGUCGCGGAGCUUUUUAAGGAAUUUGAUAACGAAUUACUUUCGAAGGGAGAGCAGCCAAAAGUGACAUUGGCACAGAUUUUAAAUGUUCCAGACUUUGUUGAGAAAUACUUGGAUAUUGAUUCGAGACUCCGCCUCCGAAAGACCUGCAAAACUAUCCGGAAAAUCCUCGAUGAAAAGCCGCUACACAUUGAUCGUCUCAAUUACAAAUGCAACAGAAAGUUUAUCGAGAUUUUCACCGAUGGAGGCUUCAGGGUAUUUUACGAAAUCAUUGAAGGAGGACUGAAAGUGACUAAUGGGAAUAAAGAGAAAUUGAUCCACACGAGAAAGGAAGAAGAGCAGAUGGAGAUAGUUCAACGAGAUUUGCUGUCGAUUCUUGGAAAUUGGAAGCUGAGAAUUGACAGUUUUGGAAUCGAAAACUCUGAGAUCUCUGGUUUAUUUGAGGAGGAACCUCCGAUUGGAAUGAGAGUACUACAAAACACUGUCAAUCGACUGACCAGCAAGCUGAAUGUCAAGAAAAUGGUGUAUUUGGUUUACGUUGUUGACAAAGCUCUCGUAGAAAUGGUGAAGGUGAUGAACCCGGAGCAUUUCCAAUCCCUACAAUUCAGUUUCGAACGAUAUUUAUAUAAUUGUACCCUAGAUUGGAAAGACUUGUAUAAUUUGGAACAAUGGAAACAGUUGAAAUCGUUAAAUAUUUUUUAUCCGUUUCUGGCAGUAUCGGAUAUUGUCAACUCCUACACUCAUUUUGAGAAUGCUCAUUUGAAGAUUCGCAGUUUUUACGAUUUUUUCGAUGAAAAUUCUAUAUGGGAUAAAUUCAUGCAGAUAAAAAUGAAACUCCUUCAAAAUCCUAAUCUGGAACAGUUCGAAGUGCGUGCAGACGAAAAGAUGUCAGACUCUGAUUUUGAAGAAGUUAAUGCAAGCUUCCAACAAUACAACACUGACAAUAAUUCGUAUCCGUGCUGGAUUAACUUUCCAUACCCGGAUUCUGAUAAGAAAUUGGAGAUGUUGGUGGAGAAGAAGUUGAUAUGGUUCAAGGGACCGUGUUAUGUGGAGGGAGAGGUGGAAGAAGAAGAAGAGCAUGAGAUGCUCUGA